AUGGCAGCCUCACCUGAUGAAGGACUCGGUGGGAUGGCGUGCUGCGGCAGACAGUGGCCGUGCUGCAGGUGGGCGAGGCUCGACAACGGCACCGACCGCCUCACACUGAGGUUUGCGGACCCGCAGAAGGAGCGGGGCUACGCGAACACUCACACAGCAGAGCUGUGCCGCGCCACGGUGCGGGUGAUCUACGCCAUUGCGAUCGCGGGCCUCAUGUGGGUCCUGUUCGUGUACCGCAUCUGGGACGACUCCGAGAACCUCACGGCGGAGGCUAAGGAGCUCAGCAGAUGGCGGAUUCUGAUCUUCUUGGGCAUGCUCGGGUCCAUGAUCCUCGCCCUCGGGGCUGGGAGGCUGCUGGUUCAGCGCAACAUUGUCAGCACCCCAGUGCUGGAGGCCCUCAUCGUGUCGUCGUGCAUCUGCUUCGUGAUGCUGUUCGCGAUUUUCCUUCCGAAGCACUAUCUGUCGCGGGUGUUCGGCUACGACGACCCGGAGGCCGUGUGGCUCAUGAACCUGUGCGGCACUGAUGGCAACGUGGUGUUGUAUAUCGAUUGCGUAGUCACCGCCUUGCACCUGCUCAUGCCCAUACGCUGGUUCGUCCUCGUCCCCAUGGAGGUGGCCGCUGUCCUGGCCUACUCCGUGCCCGCGCUGCUGCUUGGCAGCCCGACCGACGACAUGGUGCCCGCCAACAUCCUGGGGCUCCUGGUGCUCACCGUCCUCGCGGCCGUGGGGAGGCGGAGCGUCGAGAUGCAGGAGCGCGCGAUGUUCGCAGGGCUGAUCGAGGAAAAGCAGAUGCGCUUCCAGGCAGAGUUCGAGCUGUCCCGGGUGGACCGUGGCCAGGCGGCGAGGGCGCCGAGGGCGGACGACCUGGGCUCCGAGAGGUCCGCCCCCGUGUCCCUGCCGCCAACGACCAUCAGCGCGGCGGCCUUCGAGAGCGGCGCCGAGCGGGCAUCGAUGGACGAGAUCCGCGCCAUCGGCGAGCGGGAGCAGUGGUUGAUUGCCAGUUGCGAGGUGGAGAUCCUGGCCGAUCGUGUCCUCGGUGAGGGAGGCUUUGGCAUCGUCGUGGCAGGCCUGUACCACAAAAACCUGGUGGCUCUGAAGGCGCCCAAGGAGGACAUCGAGAUGAGAUUACGCCUGCCAGAGCUCUGCAACGAGCUGAGGAUCCUCCGCCGCAUCCGCCACCCCAACAUCGCAUCCUUCUACGGAGCGUGCUUCGACGCCGCCCUCACGAGGCUCUGCCUGGUGCUCGAGUUCGUGGACGGCGCGCCCCUCAGGCCCUUCAUCCGGGACCUGUUCCGGGGCUCCAGCCGGCCCGAGAGGGAGCGCCAUGGCGCUCCAGAUGCCGACGGCAGCGCUUCCAAGCGUUCCCCGAUCGUUUUCGAUAUCCUGAACGUGCUGCGCUACCUGCACUCGAGGCAGCCCGUCGUCGUCCACGGCGACCUGAAGGACUCAAACGUGUUCGUGGAGGAGCGGCGCGGCAGGAGUGGGCGGAGGUCUUAUCGCGCCAAGGUUCUCGACUUUGGCCUCUCACGGAUCGUCACUGUGAAUGCCAAGUCUUUGGGCGGCACGCUGCGAUGGAUGGCGCCGGAGUUGUGCUCGCGCCACAAGGUCCCCCCGGACGCGGCCGCCGAUUGCUACUCGUUCGGGCUGCUCGCGUACUUCAUCGUGACGGGGCGCCUGCCUUUUGAGGGCGAGAGCAAAGACCAGGUGGUGGGAACGCUGAGCCGCGGCCAGGCGCCCAGCCUGGUGUGGCCCGCGCCCGCCGACGAGCUCGCGCGGGCGUGCCGGCCAGUCGUGGAGCGGUGCAUCCAGCCACGGCCGGCGAGGCGCCCCGCGGCGCAGUGGAUCAGCGACGAGCUGUCCGCCGUGCUGAACCAGGCUGUGGCAGGGGUGACGAAGGCGGUGCUGGAGGCCCUUGGCACCAGAGCCCCCAGCAGCGAGAGCAGGGAAAAGACAUCUACGCGGACCACCAGGGGCACCGCGGCUGGCAGAGGGCUCAAAGACUUCCAAGGCAUGGGGGGGCUGAGGCAGGACAGCGGCACCAGCGUCGGCUCGCUCUUCUCAGGAAUGGUUUCCAAGAUGCCUUCGGUGCCCGAGGAGGCGGUGCCGCUGCCAGGAGAGGGCAUGGGUGGUGCCUCAGCAGCUCCGCCCGACAAUCCCAUGAGUGCGCAGGAGCAGCUGGUCUACCGAGAGUACAAGGCCACGCCAGUGAGCACGCAGACCCUCUCGCUGGCGUACUUGAUGCUGCAGUGGAACGUGCCGAGGCCGGCAGCUUCCUGCUGCUGGGUGCACGGCGCUUUGCAGUCCUUGGACAAGGUGCGGGAUGAGCUCAGCCGCAGGCCGUGCAACCAGAGUCAGCAAAACACGGCCUGUGGCCAGUGUGGCGACUGCGCGCUGCUGCUGAUGCCAGGCCAGUCCUAUUGCGAGUUUUGCGACGAUCAGUCUUCCCGCACAGCCUGCACAGCCUCAACGGCGGUCGCCACGAAGUCGGAAGAAGUGUUUCAUGUCUGA